UGGUCAACGUAAUUUUCUGUUUACGAAUGAAAAUCCAUUGAAAAUUAUACCUCGGUUUACAAAUUUUUUUUGCAAUGCAAAAGUUUUGAACAGAUAAGUGUCAGGAAUGGACUCAGCACUGGUGGUGGGACUCGCCUGCCGUGUGGGCUGCAGUACCAGAGCUGACCAGCGGGUGCUCUCAGCACUGGUGGUGGAACUCACCUGCCGUGUGGGCUGCAGUACCAGAGCUGACCAGCGGGUGCUCUCAGCAAUGGACUCAGCACUGGUGGUGGGACUCACCUGCCGUGUGGGCUGCAGUACCAGAGCUGACCAGCGGGUGCUCUUAGCAGCCAGAAGCUCACAAUCAGCCAAACCUGGGGCUGAUUGUAGAAAGGUGUAUAUAAGGCAUGACCAGGCCUGU